GGCUUCCUGUUAAGUUACAAGCUUGCUACUAUCCUUGAACGGCUUCACAGUCGCUCAUUCAUAAUCCUGUACAAAACCGAUAUCGAUAUUCACAAGAAACGUGUAUUCUGACCUGUUUCUCUAUUCUCCUCGUCUGCGACAGGCUACGAUCAAUCCAACUACGGUCUCUUGUUGCUCCACGUUGGAUUCGGCUCCCUUGUACCCUUUCACUCGAAAGUCUGAGUAGCAUCUGUGCUGGAACACAUGUCUCAGCUCUUGAAAACCUAUACCAACUUAACGCCCAAUUCUCCGAGGUCAUCUGUAUCCGAUGCACUACGUGCUAUCGCAGACGAUGCUGCCCCUGCCCUUCUCGCGGUCAAGAUGAUGGGCAGAACCCCUGCUGGAUCACGAGUAAUCUCACUCCCACAGAACCUCUCUGCUCUCCUCGCCAUUGCCACAACCCUCCGAAGUAACCCGAAUUCGUCAAAUGAAGCACUCAAAUGUAUCGCAAAUACGUUGCUUCUAAGCGAAAGUUCCCGAGUUACUUGGAUUAGUAAGGAUAUUGGUGGGGGAGAAGCUUCUGUUGAAAUGCUCGAAAGGUCUUCAGGAGCUGAGGAAUUAUUCCUCGCAUCUCGCAUUUUGUUCCUAUGCACGGCAUCAGCCUCGUCGUCUGCGAAGUUCAUUCAAGAUCUAGUUGAGACCAAGCGGCCCGGAAAUGGAACAAUUAUCGACAUUAUAGGAACCAAAAUCGAUGUACUUUUGAACAGUAUUUUAUUUGGAGCGAAGAUGUCUCGCGAAGCAAUGACUGAUUUGUUGAAGUUCACCUUCAACUUAUUGGUUCACUACCCCAAGACUGUAGAGUGUGAGUCGCAAAAUCCGACAAGUGACACCGAUUCUCAAAAAGUUAUGGGUGAUUUCUGGAGUCAAAAAUUGGAUGGGGUCCUUCCUCCUCUUCUUCGGGUUUUCAAUUCUCUUCCACUCACUUCUCCAAACCCUCUUACUUCGCCGUUGACCCACGCUAUUCAUUCUCUUAUCACUAUACCCCUCUCGCCGUCUCUUCGCAAUGUCUGGUUCGGAAAAUACUCGUCCAAUUCUCAGUCUUCAACCAAUUCAAAGUCUUCUCCGUCUACCUCUAGUAAUUCAUCUCCCGUCGGAUCCAACAAGUUCCAGUUACCAGGCACUUCAAAUAGAUGCGAGUCGCCUACCAAGGAAACGAAAGUCGGUGCUUUAGAUAGGGCACUCUCCUCUGUACUGGCUGCAGGACGCCGAUCUCUGUCACGAUCAUCGUCUCCUAUGCCAUCCUCGCCAGCCAUGGAUACCGUCUUGCAUGCAUAUGACCUCCUGGAUGUUUCCUUGAACUACUUCCUGCCAGGCAACGUUGAUACCGAUCACGCAUCGGUACGGGAGCUGUGUAAGAAGGAGGGGGAGAAUUCACUGGACGACCUAAUGAGUCCUCUUGUGCUUCUCCUAACUCGCUUCUGUUUGGCAGACGAGGGUGUUAGGACGAGACUCAGAGAAUGGCUGGUUCCUUCGGAUCUGGACCGGACACGCCCACUCGAAGGCCGCUCCGAUAUGCUUGGGCGAUGUCUCCGUCUCCUAGGAAGUGUCUAUCACGCACGCUUGAAGGAUGCUGUGGGAGAAAUGUUGUUCGCUAUGUGUGAUUCGGAUGCAACUACGCUUUCCUCCCACUUUGGUUAUGGGAAUGUAGCGGGAUUCUUGUUCCACAAGGGUAUCGUCAAUGCGCCUCAAGGUAGUUCUUCGAGUACGACGAAUAUGGCGUCGGGUGGAGCCGCCAUAAAUCCCAUCACGGGUACUGUUGAGCGACAGUCAACACCGAUCCAAAUGACAGAAGAAGAAAAAGAACGUGAAGUCGAGAAGCUGUUUACUCUAUUUGAUCGACUCGAAAAAACAGGAGCCAUGCCAGCCAGUCAAAAUCCGAUACGCAAGGCAAUUCAUGAAGGAAAGUUGGGCUGAAUGAUGUGUGAUGUGAAUGGACAUUCUACCGUUUCUGUUUUUCUCUUACUAUAUAUAUUUCUCGGAUAUCGAUACCAUUUUCUCUCGUACUCUACAAUCAAUAGCAUAAUAGUGUUCUCCCAUUACUUCAAUCGUUCUAUGUCGUCGUCACUUACACCUACAAUGGUUAUACUCUCGGGCUCAAGAAUAUGACAAAGAUAAUGAUAGCACGUCGAU